AUGGCUGAAAACAAAGAAGAGUCCGAUCUCCUCGACGCUGACUACAGCGCGGAGGACCUGGAGACAGCUUUGUGUGUUCUGGCAGGAAGCGACCCAGAAAACUGCUCCUAUCCCCGGGGCUAUGUGAAGAGACAGGCUGUGUUUGCCUGCAACACCUGCACCCCCAGUGCUGCAGAGCCUGCUGGGAUAUGUCUGGCCUGUGCCAACAAGUGCCACGAUGGACACGACAUCUUUGAGCUGUACACCAAAAGAAAUUUUCGCUGUGAUUGCGGAAAUAGCAAGUUUGGCGAUUUCAAGUGUCAGCUGAUGAGUGCCAAGGACGAGGAAAAUGUCAGAAAUCUAUACAACCACAACUUCAGUGGCUGUUACUGCACGUGUGAUCGGCCGUACCCAGACGAGGACGAUGACGUCAGCGAUGAGAUGAUUCAGUGUGUUGUCUGUGAGGACUGGUUUCAUAGCAGGCACCUGGGCUGCUCUACAGUGGAACCUGAAGAGCUGCAGGAGAUGGUGUGUGAGGCGUGCAUGAACAAGACUCCUGUUCUAUGGACGUACGCCGCUCACUUUGCAGUGCCACCGGUGAUCAGCGCCAGUCAUUCUGAGGAGGCUGAGGAGGAGGUCGAGGAGGAGGAGGGGGAGGAGCUCGAGGUUGAGGAGCAAGGAGACAAAGAGGAAUCCAGGCAAAGUGGGGAAGAAGCAAUGACCAGUGUUGAGGACACAAUGCAGGAGGAAGCGGUGAACCAGGACUCCCCGGGCAAACGGACCCACGAGCAGAUGAUGGGCAGCACUGCCAAGGCCAAGGCCAAGUCGGAGGCAUGCAGGCUGAAGGGGCUGCAGGACCAGGGGGGGGAGGAGAGGCUGAGACAGGGAGCCGUGUUCUGGCCGUACAGCUGGCGCGCCGAGCUUUGCACCUGCACAAGCUGCAAGAGGGCUUACGUGGCGGCCAAGGUGCAGUUCCUCAUGGAUCAGUUCGACACCAUUCUGGCCUACGAGAACAAAGGUGCUGAGGAGCCGUUCGGCCAGCACCCGCUAAUGGCACUGACCAGCUCGAUGGACCGUGUGCAGCAGCUUGAGAUCAUUUACGGUUUCAACGAGAUGACGACUGCUCUCACUGCGUUUUUACAGCAGUGUGUAACUGAAGGAAAGACGCUCACUGCCGAAGCCGUGCAUGAGUUCUUCGACGAGCUGCGUGCGAAAAAAAAACGCAGAACCGACAAAGAAUAA